AUUUGCCCGUGCAGAAUGUUUUAGAUUGGAUUGUGUUACUAACUGCCCGAGCGCUAUUUAACCUUACACGGCUUUCCGUUCUCGCGUGCUCAGUUCAGUGCAAGACGGAAAUGAGUACAGGCCAAAUUCGCGGAAACUGUUAUCUCCGAGUGGUAUAAAAAGGUCAACUAAGCAAAUAAGUUGCCAGUUUCGAAGUUGCCAUUUAUGAACUGUCGAAAGUGAUUUGUUCUCCUGUCAAUUUAUUCCAUCGUCAAGCAACACUGUCACUUAGUCAGCAAAACUCAUUGAGCUUUGUUUGCGAUACGAACAUCAACGGAGUAACGUUUUGAACAAGAUUCAGUUAAAGCAGCUGAGCGACUGAGGAAAACCAGGGCAUCACAACUGGGAUUAAUGGCCAUGACAAACGUCAGUCUUACAAGUUGCCAAGAUCUUCCAUUGCCGGUGAAUACUGUUCCUUAUAGACCGGACGUCAAAACUAGUAUUGUGACCGUAUUUACUUGUGUAUUCAUCGGAUUAGCAUGUCCCUGUGCUAUCGUGGCAAACUUGAUGGUUUUUCUGGGCGUUCUGAGAAAACCCGAUCUUCGUAACGUAUACAACACUUCAAUAUUAUUCCUCGCCACAUCUGACCUUUUAACGGGGCUGAUAACACUACCUUCGUUCGUGGUGUAUCAAGGAAGCAAGCUGACUACACCCCAACAUGACUUCUCCUGCGUCGCCUUGGUCAUGUACACGUUCACUAACUUCAUCUUUACAGGUCUGUCCGCGAUCACGAUUAUUCUAAUCACAAUGGAGAGAUAUCUGGCCAUAUUCCAUCCCUUCAGAUACCAAGCCUAUGUGACAAAGCGGCGAAUUGCUCUCACAAUUUCUCUUAUCUGGGUUAUAUGGAUCUCGUUUAUAACACUCGCACGGUUCUCUCCGGGCGCUAGUGUGGGUCUGUACAGCAUUAUAGCGGCAGUACUGUUAAUUCCCUGCAUUUUGCUAACUUUAUUUGUUUACUGCAAAGUUUGCUUUCUAACGCGGCGGGUACGCGCGUCGAUAGGUCAUGGGCCAACAGCUCCUCGAAAUGCCGAGGACAUCCAAGAGACGAAAUCUUCAAGAACAGUGGCUUACUUGGCAGGGGCUGUCGUUCUUUGUUUUCUUCCAACCCUUGUCAUUGCAGCGGUCUAUCAAACAGGCAAGGUGGAUGAAAAUUAUUUCUAUCAUUUGCUGUACCCUCUCUCAGAUUUGGCCGCCUUAAUGACGCCUGUUUUCGACCCAAUGAUUUACGUGCUUCGAAGUAGCCAAAUCAGAUCGAGUCUUCGCGAGGUGUCGUACGGUCGAGUGGCGUUUUCACGCCAGUCGAACCGUGUUCGCGCUCAGACCGGGCCCACAGCGUCGACAGGGUUAGAGAUUGAAAUGGCAGUACGACAGACAUAAACACAACGUGAUCGAAAUUUAAUUGACAGUUAACCUAACUGCAGUCUUCAAAUAAUUCGAAACUUCUUUCCUGUGAUAAUAAUGUCGCGACUGAAUACAUGAUACAAGUCAGAUAACGAGAUUUAAUCUCUUGACGAGACGAGACAUGUAAAGGAAGUGUGGUUUACACGAAACGAUGAAUUAUCGCAUUCCUGAAUUGAUAAUUGAAUGUUCAGCACAAACGGUUUCACUUUUGGUUGACCAGACUUAAAACAUGUCUGUUUUUAUAUGUCAUAGAUUCUGAUAAAUAUUGAUGUCUGGCUGUCUUUGGCCAACAAAUGAUCUUGAUAGAUCACACUGUCAGCUUCAGCUAGCUUCUACCGAACUUGCGGGGGCAGUAUCAGAACAGGAGGUCAUAGAAUUAUUUACGCAUUUACUGGACUCCUGCUCCUGCUCUUGCGUAUUAAAUGCAGAUAAGUAGAUAUACGUUACGUCUUAUUUUAUUAAACUGAGUAGGCUAUGUAAUGUCCUUGUGUGACUUCAGGGAUUAACUCAUAAAGAGUAUUUAUUUUUUUAAGUUAAAUUUCAACACAUCGUUUGUGAAUAACGUUGCCGUGUACGUAACAACUUUUAAUGUCUUGAAGCAGUCCUGGUUAUUUGUGGCCGGGGGCAAACAUUACACACACGGAAUUUUAGGAGUACACUUUCUUAUGCUUUUGUUCAUUAUUCUGACAUACUAAUACCCAUUAAGCUGCUUUGAAAAGCCUUCCAAGGUUGCCGAACACUUUGACUUUGUUUUCACAGUAGCCUUUCGUUGCCCUCUAGGUCAGUUUAAUUGAACUGAAUGCCAUCAGUUGAAUUAGCUUUGCAAAAACAGGUAGACAGAAAAGAUAAUCUAAUGACUUAGUGUGUCGGUGUAGAGUGAAAAUAAAUAUUUUACAAAAUAUG